GUGGUUGUAAGGGUGGGGUAUUGAUGACAUAAACAGCGACGGGCCACGGCUCACGCUAUCCUAAAGGGGAACGAGGGCUUAGGGUUUUCGUGACCCACCACCGGCCAAGCUCAGUAAGCGAAAAAAUCCACAGGUGAAGCCAAACUGGGGAAAUCUUUGGACUUCAACCUCACCAUCGACAUCGACCGACAACAAUGGCCUCCCGCCCGACCGUCUCCAUCGCCACGGCUGAGGGUAAGCCCUCCGGGGCCACCCAGCCCCUGCCUACCGUCUUCGGUGCCCCCAUCCGCCCGGAUAUCGUCCAGCAGGUGCACACCGGCAUGGCCAAGAACAAGAGACAGCCCUACGCUGUCAGCGAGAAGGCUGGCGAGCAGACCUCCGCUGAGUCUUGGGGUACCGGCCGUGCUGUCGCCCGUAUUCCCCGUGUCUCCGGUGGUGGUACUCACCGUGCCGGUCAGGCUGCCUUCGGUAACCAGUGCCGUUCCGGUCGCAUGUUCGCUCCCACCAAGGUCUGGCGCAAGUGGCACCAGAAGCUCAACCUGAACCAGAAGCGCUUCGCUACCGCCUCUGCUCUGGCUGCUUCCUCCGUCCCUGCCCUCCUCUUCGCCCGUGGCCACCGUGUCGCCAAGGUCCCCGAGGUUCCCCUCGUUGUCGAGUCCAAGACCUUCCAGAGCGCUGCUCUGACCAAGACCAAGGCCGCCAUUGCCCUCCUCCAGGCCCUUGGUGCCGGUGAUGACCUCAUCAAGGUCCAGAAGUCCCGCAAGCUCCGUGCUGGUAAGGGUAAGCUGCGUAACCGCCGCUUCCGCCAGCGCCGCGGCCCUCUCGUUGUCUACAACCCCGAGGUUGAUGGCAAGGAGCUCGUCCGUGCCUUCCGCAACGUUCCCGGUGUUGAGACUUCCUCCGUCUUCUCCCUGAACCUCCUCCAGCUCGCCCCCGGUGGUCACCUCGGCCGCUUCAUCGUCUGGACCUCCUCCGCCUUCGAGGCCCUUGACCAGGUCUACGGCACCACCACCACCCCCUCGGCUCUCAAGAAGGAUUUCCUCCUGCCCUCCGCCAUGGUUGCCAACGCCGAUCUCACCCGCCUUAUCAACUCCUCUGAAAUCCAGGCUGUUGUCCGCGCUCCCAAGGGUGAGGCCCGCACCAAGCGUGUCAACGUCCAGAAGAAGAACCCUCUCCGCAACAAGCAGGUUAUGCUCCGUCUUAACCCCUACGCCGCUGCCUACUCUAAGCAGAAGCUCGGCCAGCAGAAGGUUGAGGCCGGCAAGCCCGAGCGUGCUUCCGCUGGUUUCGCCAAGGUUCUGUCUGAGGAGUAAAUGUUCUCUCCCAACUGUUCUUUGGAUAUGGUGAAAAAUGGUAGUUUGCAGCAAAAAAUGAAUCAAUGACUUUUUUUGCAAUACCCAUGGGUCUAUCGGAGUAAUAAUAUGAUCGGUUUUGUUCUCUCAAUUGUUCAGCUGUUCUGGCUUUCCUAGUGGUAAGUUAAUGGAGUGGGUUUGUAGUUCUGGGAUCCUAUCCUUUGCCCUGGUCACUCUUCAAUUCUUCUUGAAUGUUUGAUGAGAUUAUCGGCCAGGCUGGUCGACUGCCCACUGUGUUUCUUGACUUGGCCUUGCUGCCAUCUGUAGCCCAAACCCAACAUUGUAGACACGUUCCAUCUCUUAUUGCACAUGCAUACCUCCAGCCGGUUGUACUCCACAUGCAAAACCUAUACCCAUCUUCAAGUAUUCCGCGGAGAUUGAGAACACCAGCCGUAAUUGCUAAUCGACAAUAAAAUCUUCAGGGUGAAGCUG